AUGUCAGAGGUCCUCACUGUAGACGCAAUUUUGUUUGGGCUCUUGGUCUUUUCUGGCAUCCUGGGAAACAUCUUGGUCAUCCAUGUGGUGUUUCAGUCAGCCGCUGAGAGUCCAUCUCGGAGACUCCCUCCCUCUGACACUAUUUUGGUGCACCUGUCACUGGCCAACCUGUUGACCUCACUUUUCCGCACAGUGCCCAUCUUUGUGUCCGACCUGGGCUUGGAUGUGUCUCUGUCUCCGGGCUGGUGCCGAAUCUUCAUGCUGCUGUGGGUGUGGUGGCGAUCUGUGGGCUGUUGGGUGACCCUAGCACUGAGCCUCUUCCACUGCACCACCUUGAGGCGACAUCACAUGGGCUCUGGACUUCUCGCGCAGCAGAGGGAGAGACGGCGUGUUUGGAUUGCUCUGGGGUUGGUGUGGGGGGGAAACCUGGUCUUCUCAAUUCCAGCUCUUAUAUAUAGCACUCAUGUUCAUGGCAACUUCACUGUGGAGCUGAUGGUGAUCAGCUGCACCACCAGGCCCCUCCUGGGCUGUGUCUGGGAGUUCCCCUCCACCCAACAGGGCUCAGCCUUUGCCUCCUCCUCGCUAGCACUUAAUGAGGUGUUGCCACUGGUGCUGAUGGUUUUCACUAACCUGGCUACACUUCAUGCUUUGGCUAAACACAUCCGAGCUGUUACCUCAGCAGUAGAGUCAGGAGAAAGCCACACGGAGCUGGACAAACACGUGUCCACUGAACGCAAAGCAGCUCAUGUAAUCAUGUCGCUGGUGUCGCUGUUUGUGGUCUGCUGGGUGCUACAGGUCGCUGCGGUGACGUACUUCAACCAUGAUGGGGGGCACCACGCUGAAGGGCUGCUGACGGUGGCCCACUUCUCUGCCUCGCUGUUUGUAGGAUUCAGUCCCAUGGUGGUCGCCCUGGGACACGGUAAGCUGAGGAAGAGAAUCAUGAGUAUGAUCCUGAUAUGGUCUAAAGUUACUAAAUGCCACAAGGAGGACACUGUAGAUGGGGUUAAAUCCCCAAAGACUAAAAGAAAGAGGGGAAAACAAACUGUUUUUAUUGUUCACAAAGAGAGUACGGCCAUACAAGUGAAGAAGAAAGUUCAAGCAGACAAGUGA